AUGUUAGAUGCCGAAUGCGAUGAGGACUGCGAUUUGAACUGCGUGGUGACCGUGUCGGAGAACGGCCGAAAGGCCGCGUAUGACAGUUUUUGCGGCGUGGCUACAGACGCGCGCGUGGCUCAAAACCUGUAUCUAUUGCGGUCAUGCGUCGUGUUCAAAUACCAGACGGUCGAUACGGAUAUCAUCGAACAGACCGUAGAAUUUUGGCUCGGCGACGAGAUUAAAAUUGAGGUGUGCAAAACCUUUUUUGCCCGCACUUUGGGACUACCAGACGCCCGGCUGGACGCUCUGUUCGAACCUGAAACAUUAGAAUGGUUCUCGAGAUAUUGUAAAUCCGAUGACGAGGCCACAAUCGAUGAUUACGGCGAACAGCAGCCGCUGGCCACCAUCUUCGACAACGAACAGUUAUGUUCGGAGUUUGUAUUCAACUCUAGGUAACAGCAAUAAGAUAAUAAUACUGUUUUGAUUUUAUAUAAUUAUGUUAACCAUUAGGUAUACCUAUAUAACUACCUACCUAUUGGUUUAUAAGUUAUAGACUGUUCAAAAAUGAAUGAUAAAUACCGACGUGGAGCAGUAUCACAAGGUUGAAUCUUUCACUAGUUCAUGAUGACGCAUGACGUCUUAAUAUAUAUAUAUAUAUAUAUUAUUGUUAUUAUUAUUUAAAUUUAGACUUUUUAAGUUUUGCUUAUCCAAAUUUUAAUUUUCCAAGCUUUGUUUCUCUAAGUUUUGCAAAGUUCCCGCUCAUGCUCACAAAGUGACAACCAUGACUGUAGAUAGCGAAUUUACAGCCGUGGUUAUAUAUUAAUAAAUGAUAAUUUUCAUACCAAUUUGAUAAAAUCUAUUUAGAUAGAUUUCAUCUAUUCCGUGAUCGUUCUAUUUUAUAGUUAUUUAUGUUUUAUUUGCUAUUUUUUCAAUUAUUGUCUAUAUAGGAAACAUUUGGAAAAAAACAGUUGGGCAUUUGUCGAAGAAACCGAUUCGGAUGCCGAAAUGUAUUUAGACGACAUACCUCCUUCGGUCUACAAAAAUGUUAUAACUCACAUUCAAACCACACCUAGGGUAGUAAAUACAUGGACAAACGAAAAAAACAAACAGAAAAUUUUGAAAUUCGAGUGUAGUAUCAACUAUCGUCACAUGUAUUUAAAUUAUUUACAAACGUUGAGGAAAAAUAAAAAAAAAGUUAACGAAAAACAAUAUAAGAAAAUAUACAACAGAUAUGUAGAGACAAUUUUUAUGGUUUAACAUAAUACCUAUUUAUUAUGUUAUUGUAAUUCUGAAGAGUUUAUUGAAACAUAUUCCUGUAUAUUAUUAUAUACUUAAAAGUUAAAUUGUUUGAUAAUUACAUAUUUAAACUUAAAUUGAAUUAUAUUCUUGAUUUUUCAGGAAAAAAAUUGUUUUGUAUAGGUGAAUGAUAAAAUAUAUUUGAACAAAUAAUAUGUUAUUUAUGAAAUAUAUAUUUAUAAUUAUUUAACAUUUAACAGUUUAAUUUUAAAAUUAUUUAGCAUUUUCAGAAAUUCAAUUUUUUUUUUUAAACUUAAUAUUUAUCUUAAUUUUUGAACAAAUAAACCAUAGGUAUGUAAUAUUUUUGGGUCGCUGUAAAUUGUGGUUCAUUUUAAAUUUUGUGUGUAAAUUGCAUGUAUAUUUUAUGCAUACGUAAAUUGCGGCCGAGUAUAUUUUGUAUAUAUGUCUAAAUAAUUUAUUUUAAAAAAAAUACACAGAGCAACGUAAAAACUUAUAUUAGUGAUCAUAGGUAAUAUUAUCUGUAUCCUAGAAUAUUACUAGGUAAUCUUUAAAUUGUAUAGUCGACUGGUAUUUUUUAAAAGUGUACACUUAAUCGUAUAGCUUUGUGUGUAGUUUGUUCAAUUUAAUAAAAAUUAACGUUAUGAAAAGUGAAUUAUUUUAAAUAAUUUUUUUCUGACACUUAUUAUUACUAAUUGUUUAUAAUAUAUUUUUAAAGAUACGAAAAACAAAAGCAAAACCUAUAUUUUUCACCCUAAAAUAAUAUAAAUUAUUGUAUAUUCGUACAAUUUUAAUUACAUACAUAUACAUUAUAUACACAUUAAUACAAUUAUAUUGCCAGUCCUAAGUCUGUAAAAUGGGAAGGAAAAUAUUGAUUUUGCAAAAAAAAACAGACAUAAUUUACGUAUCAAUAAAAAAUAUUUAGGUAUAAAUUGUAUAAAAUAUACCCUAACCGUAAUUUACAUAGCUUAUGAUUAUAACCUUUAUUCAAGGACGCAAUUCACUGACUCCGCAUUUUUUAACGCAUCGUUUUAAGGUAUUACCUGGAAAAGAUUUGGGGAGAUUAAUCCAAUCAAAUUUGUUGUUUUUUUUUUUUUAUAAUUGUAUUAAAUUCAAAUUAAAAUUUCAAAAUUUUACCUCCACCAAAUUAGAUACUUCCUUACUCUGCAUUUGUUUCUAGGUACACAUAUUACGUUACUGGAUUGUACAUAUGAUUUUCUAAUUACUAAACAAUAUUGUUUAUAAUUCUAAGCGUUUAAAAAUAAAACAAUAAAACAAGUGGCAUAAUAAUAGUGAUACUGUUAAUUUUAUCUCGAGUUUUAUAAUGAGCCGGAUCCCGCAUGGUUUUAAAAAGGUUCGGAAUUUAAUGUAUAUCUACAAGCAACGAUAAACCAUUCUAACGAAAAAACGAUACUGAGCGGAGUUCAGUUGAUAGUGUUGCUUUGUCAAUAAUAUAUAACAUGUCAUAUUAUGAUAAAAUAAUUACAUACCUACUAAACAUUUUCUUUAAUAUUAUAUAAAUAUGAUUUGUUUAAUAUUGUACCUAUUUUCUCGUUCUCCUGUUUUUCCUUAGUUUUUUCCGGGUUUUCCAAUAUAUAGAGAAAACUCUUGAGAAAAUUAAAAAAUGACCUCCCAGGACCAUCCUAGUUAGAUUUCCUUUCAGAUAAAGUGUUACACUAGUGGUAGUGGUUGGAAAUCAAUACUUUUAGUUUAGUGCACUAUUACUAUUGUUACAUUUUUUUUAAAAGGAGUACCCUAUAAUUAUUGGUAUUUUUUUUCUACUUAAAAAAUUACACUUUUGAUUUUUCCAGUUUAUGAACAGGUUACCAACAGUUGAUUUACAUUUGACGUUCCCAAUAAUAGAAAAAUACUUACAUUAUGUAACUUGUUUACAGUUUGUAUGUUAUUUUAUUUUAUUAUGGAUUAAAAUUAAAAUAAUAUGACUACAAUGCAUUAUUUCAUAUGUUAUAAAACCCGCAAUUUUAUUUGAGUAAAAAGUAGCAUUCAAAGCAGCGAAAUUCCCACUGUUCUCCUAUGAAAAUAUGAGUACUGUCUACAAAAAAAAAAAGGUAAGAUAAUAAGGACAUGGGGACGGGUGCUGCCACUGGUAUAGGUGGGAAGUUGGGAAGUUGGAAAAGUAGGAUAUAGACGAGAAUUUAAUGCAUAUCUGUAAGCAAAAAUAAACCAUUGCUUACGAAAAAACGAUUCUGAGAGCAGUUCAGUUGACAGUGAUGCAUUUUCAACAAUAUAUAUGUCAUUUUAUAAUAAAAUAAUUAAAAAGGCUUUAUAUAUUUUCUUUAAUAAAAUUUGUUUAAUGUUGUACCGUUUUCCUGCGUUUUUCCCGGUUUUUCACAUUUGCUAGAAAAACUAGUGGGAAAAUCGAAAAAUAACCGAGCAAUGUCUUCUGGUGAAAAAUAAGCGCAGAAGUAAAAAAAAAAAUAAUAAUCAUCUUUGUAAAAUCAUAAGCUUCUUCGCUCCACUCAGAAUCUAAAAGGUAACGUGCUACUGAUGCGUUGCCACAAAUAGUGCACUAUUUCGAACCAAUGGAUAUUAUAAGUAAGGUAACACUGCAUACGUAUAAAACACAUAAUAAUAUUAAACAAAAUUAUUCAUUCCAAGGUCCGUUGUAUAUUACUUCGUUGAUUAUUCGAUUUAAAUACGGUUGAUCUUGCAUUUCUAUAAGAGUCGCGAUGAUUUUUAUUAACAAUACUAUAAUCUGAAAAAAAAAAUGUAUCGAGUAUAAUAUACUUUACCUGCGAUAUACUUAACUAUUUAAUUAUUAAUUCAUACGCCUAAUAAUUGUAUUUUAUAAUACUAUUAUAUCAUGUUUACAUCAGAGCACAUAAAAUGACAAGGAUUCUCUUUGCCAUGAGUUAAUCGUACAAAAUAAAAGACUAUACCUAAAUAAAAGUUUCAACCACCAAAAAUGUUCUAAAAAGCUAUUUUGAUAAUAAUAAACAUAUAAUGUAUACAUAUACAUAAUGUAUAUAAAUAUAGUAUGUAUGUCAUUAUAUCACAACAUUUAUAAAAUAUUUUAGUUUUUUUUUAUUUAAUUUUGGAUUUUUUACAGGAUAUCUGAACAGUUGCCAAACACAAUAUAGGUAGGUAUUUUAAAUUUCAGACUCACUGGUAUUAAAAAUUGUAACUUGUAAUUGAAUAACCCGCAAGCUAAUGUCUCUUCCAUUUCGUAAGUUGAUAUUUGAUUCAUGAAAAACUGUAUCUAUUUAAAAAAUAAACUCAAAUUAUGUUUCCUAUUGUACAUUUAUUAUAUAGACUAUAUUAUAACUAAGUAUAUCUUAUAAUUUUACUACAAUUAAUUCAAAGGUACUACCUGGAUUUGAAUAUCCUUUGACAAGUUAGAAAUCUGACUACAUCUCAAAAGCAAGAUAAUCUGUUUCUUCUGAAAUACAUUUUAAAAAUAUUAACCUAAAUAUGAACGAAUAAUUAAAAUGUGUAAUAAUAAUAUAAUAAUUAUUAAUACGGAUUUUUUUUUUUUUUUAAGAGAUAUUUAUGCCAAACUUCAAACAAACACCAACUGCCUCAUUUCAUUGUUAGCUUUGAAGACACUCCUGGGCAAUCCAGACCUCCCGACUACUCAAACGCAACUGUUGUACAGACCUACUUAACUUGUAUACAGAUUGUAUAAUUUAUAUUAAUAUAAUAUGUUUUUACCAUUAGUUAAAGUGUGUCGACGAGUCUUCUUUUAUCAGCCAAUAUUUUUAUUUUACUACCUAAUAACAUUAACUUUGUCAAAACAAAUAUAAACUAUCUAUACGAAGUUAAACCGAUAUAAUAUAUAAUUAAUGUUCAUAAAUAUAAAAUAUAUGAAUAUAUUAUUUAUUAUACAUACAAAUAAUAUAUAUUUAUACAGUAUCAGUUUUUUCAAUCUUGGCCGCGGUAUAAUUAAUCAUUAAUUAUGUGGGAUAGUUAAAUAUUUAAAAUCAAAGUAAUCGGCGCGGCGGUUGGAAUCAAUGAGCCAUUUACGAAUUUUUGAUAGAUAUUUCGCAGUUUUGACAUCGAAUUAUGAAAGCAGUAAAGUAGUUAGUUAGUAUAAAUAAUAAGACAUACCAAUACAAUGAUUAAACUAAGUGCCAAUUUGCAAUACUAAUCUACUGUAAUUCCGAAAUACAUCUAUUAAAUAAAUACAUCUAUUCCACCUGUAUAAAUGUUGAAUAAUAUUUACAAAAUAAUGGAGUAAAAUUAUCAAAAGCUACAGCUAAACUUAAGAUAAUGAGACGUUUAAAUUAUAAAAUAUGUCCAAAAAAGUCUAGCCUCUCUUUUCCCAAAAUUCAGCCAAGUCUCCCUAAAUAAAGUCCUCAUCAAUAUAUACAUACACUUCAGUUCUUUAAUUAAUAUUAUGGCGGACUAUUAAGCCUUCCCCAAAAUAUUUGGACUAUUUGCGCUUCUUAUGAUGAUAAGUAUACAAACAUAUAUUUUAAUGACAUUAUUAAUAGGUAAUAAUAUAUUUUAGUUUUUAAUUAUAUAUUUUAAUAUCUUAUGUUUGUAAAUAAAUGUACAUAAUAAUACAUAAUAUUAUACGUAUAAGAUAUCCCACAGAAAUCUAACAAUUACAAUUACUUUUGUCCUGUUCAAUUAUAUUUUUAAAAUUUUCUCUUUUAUAAGAUUUACUAGUCUUGGUGCUACAGUUCUUACAUUUUAUAAAAAAUUUUAAGCUAAAAAUAAAAUAUUUUUUACAAAUUCUAGAUAGCCGCUUUAUACAUUCUUUUUGAAACGAAAUGUUGGUCUUACAAUCGUUUACUAAUGAUAAGUUUUUUAAUUUUCUACAAGUUUUGAAUUUAUGAUAAUUUAUAUUAUUUUAAUUGUCAUUACUUAAUAAUAUAAAUUGAUUCACUAAUUUGUCUAUGAAAAAUAAUUUUGUAAAUGAUUAUUCAAAUUUCAAAAUAUCUUAAAAAAAUUAAUAAUUCAUCAUUAGUAAAUAUAUGUAAAACCACUAUAUUUUUUCAAAAUAAAUGUAUAAAAUAGAUAACUUAGAUUCUGUAUAACUGAGUAGUUAAAAAAUAAAAUUAUUUUUUUUGUUAACAAAUAGAAGAAGCAUAUAUCACUAGGCUAUAAUAAUUAUUAUAAAAAAGUUUAUUAUAUACAAAUUAUUUUAAAAUUUUGAAUGGAACCAAAAUUAUUAUUACAUUUAUAUGAUCUUCGUGAGGCACUGUAUACUGCAGUAUAAGGGUAUUAGGUACCGAAAUAUAAUAAUGCGUUUGGUACGUAAUAGGAUUAUUAAUAUACAUAUUCUAAAUAUGUAAUAGAUAUUUGAAUAAUAUUAUCAAUAUUCAAUAUUCAUUAUUUGAUAAUUUUGUGCUACAUUAAAUAAGUUUUUAUUUUUUAUUUUUAAUGUCGUAGCUCUAGAAUGAAGGUAAAAUAAUUCGUUGACCUCGAAUUGUCAUUCAAAUUAUUAUUGUAAAGGACAUUAUUAUACCUAUAUAUUAAUUGGGUUUCAAAGGUAUAAAUUACAAUGAAUAAAUGAUAGGUAGAUACUCUAUAUUACAUUAUAUUAUAUUAUACAUAUACCUAUGUACCUAUAUGAAACAUCGUAUUCCAGGGUUAUUGUAAAACAUAAUUUAUAAAACAACUAUCUGAUUUCCGUUCUAAUUAGUUAUUAGACUAAAAUAUAUAUGUAUAUUAUACAGAGGGAGAUUAUGCCUUUUAUACUAUCAUGUUUUUUUUUUUUUUUAAAUAAAUUGUGUAUAUUCGUCAUCAUAACCCGUUUAAACAACUUAUGUUUUAUAUGAAAACAAAAUUAGACGUGUAUUACGAUCAUUAAAAUAUGAAAAAAUAUUAAUCUUAAUAUAUUAUACAGGUAAGUACCUUAUAAUAGUGUGUUCGACAAAUUCCAUUGAUGCAAACGCAUAGAUUUUCAUUGAAGUACUUAUACCUAUUACCUAUAAUAUAUUGAAUUGGAAAUAAAAUGUAAUGUAUGGAAUUGAAUUGUAAACGAAUUAAUCUCUAGCGCUGUGGAAAAUUGUAAAAUUAUAAAAUUUAAACGGGCAAUUAAUAAAACAAAAAUUUCACUGACAGGUUCAAAUUAUAAUAUAUUAUAUUUUAUAUACCUAUAUGUGUAGUGGUGAGCCGAUAUGACUUCUUUCCGAUAUUCGAUCCGAUAUUUGAAAUCGAAAGCUUGCAAUGCGUUUAAAUUGUAGAAAGCAACCACGAUAUCGUCGGUGACACGAAAAAACUUUCUAUGUUCUAAAUUUAUGAUUUUGAGAUUUACCUCAUACUACCUAGGUUACAUACUACAUAGGUUCAUGAAGUUAGCCACAAUCCAUCAAUAGUUUCGAACCAAAUUUUCCUAAAAAUUUGUAAGUCAUUUGUACGUAUUUGUAAGAAAAAAUUUGAAAUUUAUAAGUACAGUCAUUUUCAAUUUUCCACUAAUAUUUAUUUCGCGGCUAAUUUUUGCAAAAUUUAGCCAUUUUGCCAUUUUCAAAUUUUUAACCCGAAAUGUUUUACACUAUUUUUAAGUAUCUAUAAGCGUAAAUCGACAAUUUGUAAGUCAUCCCUUCUUGAGUUAUCAUCAAAAAUAAAGUUUUCUGUGGAUCGUAAGACUUUCGAUUUUUAACCCAGCUAAAAUUUUUUGCACUAUUUGUAAGUAUUUGUAAGCGCAAAUCUACAAUUUGUAAGUCAUCCCUUCUAGAGUUAUCCUUGACAAGUAGAAGUGGUCAAUAGUGUUUAUUGUUCCACAAUAAUAGUUAAAGUUAAAGUGGACAAAAAAACGACUAAGUUCGGAACUAAUUCCCUGAUAGCUGAAUUUUAAUACAGAAGUAGUUUAUAUUUCACUUAUAAACAUACUAAAAGUCCUGACACCUAUAUAUUUUGUGUAGCCCCCUAGCUAGGGGUCUACACUAUUGAUCACUUCUACUUUUCAGGGAUAACUCAAGAAGGGAUGACUUACAAAUUGUAGAUUUACUCUUAUAGAUACUUAAAAAUAGUGUAAAACAUUUCGGGUUAAAAAUUUGGAAAUGGCAAAAUGGUAAAAUUUCGCGAAAGUUAGUCGUGAAAUAAAUAUUAGUGGAUAAUUAAAAAGGACUGUACUUACAAAUUUCAAAUUUUUUCUUACAAAUACUUAUAAAUGAUUUAAAAAAUUUUGGGAAAAUUUGGUUCGAAACUAUUGAUGGGUUGCGACUAACUUCACGGGCAUUACCUACAUUCUAAGUGAUUUAAUUGCCAUUCAAAAAACCCCUUGUGUAACAUUGAAAAAUCACCAGUGUAAAUUUAGCUGUAUAGUACUAUUUUGUAUUUACACCUAUUUUUUUAAAGAUAAGAAUUUAUAUGUAUUUAAAAUUUUAAAAUUUGUUAGAUUUAUCAAUGGCCAUUUUCGUUUUUUUUUAGAAUGUUUGUUUCUUCUGAAAAAGCAUUUCAGUACAUAGUGGUUUUUUGUGUCAACGACAAUAUAUCAGUUGAAAACCCAUUUUUUUUUCUAAAAUAAUAUAAAAAGAAGGAUCUAUUAGUCAUUUUUUGAUUUUCUGUGGAAUAUUCAUAAUUGGGAAUAACUAAAAACAGACGAAAAAUUAAAACUGAUAAAUUUACUUCGUUACGAUUUCAUUUUUUUAAAUUUUUACAUUUUAUGUUUUCCAUUUAAUAAUUUUGUUUUUACUAAAUUAUUUUAUUAUUUAUUUGUUUGUUGUAAUUCAGUUAAAAUAUUUGUAGAGACUUGAAAUUUUGACAGAAAACUUAUAUUUGCCUUUUCGAGACGUGAUAAAAUUGUAAAAACAUUUUAAUUAAUUUGAACACUUUUAUAUACAUUUCAAUUUUGCGAGUUUUUAAGUAACUGUUAUUCGGUAGAUACUCUGUGGAUACAAUUUUUGGACCGAACAGAAAUGCUUAUACAUUUAACAGGAGGUUGAUUACAAGUCGUACUUUGUGACCAAAAAAAAAAAGUCAGUAUAAAGUAGGUCUGUUUAUAAGAAUUUUAAUACCAAAUUCUAAUGAAAAUCGUAAAUAUUACGGUCUUUCAAAACAUGUAUAACCGAAUUCUGUUCAGAAUUGUUCAUUAGCAAUGAUUGAUCGUUGCAUACAAAAACUGUAAUACAGAUUUAUGUCCGUAUCUUUUUUUAUAUAAAAUUGACAUAAUUUUUCCCUAAAAAUAUCGAUUUUUUCAAAACCCGAUGUCCUAAAAAUUGAUCUCCUCAAUAUUGGUUCAUGCUAAUACUUACUAUAUUAAUAAUAUCCUUACUUGUUCGCUCACCCACGUGGUCAACCCGACCACGGAAACCAUGAACAGUAUGUUCUGUGAGUCCAGCGCUAUGGUCGGUAACGGGUCCAAAUGUAAUUUUUCGUUAAACAACGUUAUGAAACAAUGGAAUGUCAUGUCAAAAACGACAGAGCCGAAGAAUAUCGUCACGGCGGGACCAUACGCCCGGUUGAACACUCUUAGCAGAUCAGAAAGGUCGGCGUGCAACAGUCUCACGCAUUCGAUAAGUACGGCUACUUCUUCGGCCGACCAAUCUCCGGCGUCAUCCCGUGACAGUCGACUGGUCACCAACCGUUUCCAGAACGCGUUCAAGGCCGAGAAUCUUUGCCCGAGUUGCCCGAGGUAGAAACACAGGAUGGAGGUUACCGCGAAAUCGGUGACCCGGGGUACGGAAAAUAUGUUUUCGAUCAUGUAGUAAUGGUCGAAUUUGUGUAUUAUGAAUACAUGUAAGUAAAUCACCAUCCAUAUGUAGUACGCAAAGUACAUCGAAAAAAUCACAAACCAAAAACAUCUCCGCUGUGUUCUGAUUAUGACGUGCGCCGUCGAGGGCAAGGCACCAAAUUUUCGGUCAAACGUGACGAUGCCGUUGGUCAAUCUGAAAUAGUUUUACUUGUAUAUAGGCACUAUUAAUCUGGAUCUAAUGGUCACAAAAAAAAAAAAUUUAAAAAACAAAAAUUAGACGAAUAUUUCUUAAAAAUGGCUUUUAAAAAAAAAUCAAAAUUCAAAAAACGGGAAAAAUGAAAAAAAAAACGUUUAAUUAUGAAUCGUAAAUGCACUUAAUAUCCUAUCCUUAUCUUAGAACAAUUAAAAAAUAUUACGAAAAUUAACUACUCGUAAUUGCCCGAGAUAAUAUUAUUAUAAUAAUAUUUUAACCAACCUAGUAACAGUCAGAAACCCGUAAUAGAGACCUGAUCAAAGAACCAUUUAAAAAAGUCCCUGGCUGGGAUAGCACAAGGGCUAUAUGGACAACGCUUAAUCGAAUAAGAUCGGAACAAGGAAGAUGCAAUUACCUACUUCACAAAUGGGGAAUGGUAGACUCUCCACUUUGUGAAUGUGGAGAAAUGCAGACAAUCAAACAUAUGGUUGAGUCGUGUCCCAUUACAAUGUUCAAAGAAGGAUUAACAAAACUACACGAGGGUGGCCCAACAGCUAUAAAAUGGCUUGAAGAACUAAAUAUUCGUCUGUGA